AUGGCCUCUUCUGAUGGCUCUGAUAGUCGCACAAAUAGUUUAACAAAUCGUUCUUCGUCGACUGUACACAAUGACGAAGAACUUCAAACAAACGAAUUAAAAGGAUGGUUAAUGAAAAGAACCAAGAUCUCCAGAAAGUGGAAGAAGCAGUGGUUUCUGUUACAAAAUACACAUCUCCAGUAUGGGAAUACACCUGAGGAUGCAGAAAAGAAGAUCCCACUAACAAAUGCGGAAAUUUCUGAAAGUACUGUUGAUAAAAAACCUCAUGCAUUUUCUAUAAAGUCGAAGGAAAAUGGGAGGACAUAUUAUAUACAAGCAGAAACAAAUGCAGCACAGAAUGACUGGAUGCAGGCAAUUUGUUUUGCUAAGGCUGCUGGACAGCGGGGAGAUAACUCUCAAGCUUGUGUGAUACAGUGA